UACCGGCUGCAGGUGUCGCGGGUGGAGAACUUUGUGCUCAGGACUGGCGAGCACUUCAGCUUCAAUGCCACUGCGGCCCAGCCACAGUAUUUCAAGUACGAGUUCCCAGAGGACAUGGACUCAGCCAUCGUGAAGGUGACGUCCACCACAGCCUUUCCUUGCUCGGUCAUAUCCAUCCAGGACAUCCUGUGCCCCGUCUACGACCUGGACAACAACGUGGCUUUCAUCGGCAUGUACCAAACCAUGACGAAGAAGGCAGCUAUCACCGUUCAGAAGAAGGACUACCCCAGCCACAGUUUCUACGUGGUGGUGGUGGUCAAAACCGAAGACGAAGCUUGCGGAGGGGCCCUGCCUUAUUACCCCUUCUCCAAAGAUGAACCGGUGGACCAAGGCAACCGCCAGAAAGCCCUGGACGUGGUGGUUUCGCCGGCGGUCAGCACGCAGGCCUACGUCAAUGGGAUGCUCUUCUGCCUGGGCGUCUUCCUCUCCUUCUACGUGCUGAUGGUGCUCAUUGCCUGCUGGGAGAACUGGCGGCAACAGAAGAAGAAGGAGAGGCUGGGACUCCUGGCAGCCAUGGGCACACCCAGUGCCGAAACAGGGCACCCCCACAUCACCCCAGACUCUUUCCUGGGACACCCAUCGUACAAUGGCUACAGUUAUGGCUCCUUUGACAACGGUUCCACAGCCAGCACUGAAAACGUCACCGAGGCUCUCCUCUCCACGGAGGCAUCGUCGUACAGCUACACCGGGCAGGAUCCGUGUCAGCACCGCCAGAGGCACUGGGCCGUUACUAUGGACCGCUCCCUGGAGAACAUGGCGGGGCGCCCACGGCUGGACUCCCUCAGCUCCGUGGAGGAGGAUGAUUACGACACCCUGGCCGACAUUGACUCGGACAAGAACGUCAUCCGCACCAAGAAAUACCUGUACGUGGCGGAUCUGGCCCGCAAAGACAAGCGAGUGCUGCGAAAGAAGUACCAGAUCUACUUCUGGAAUAUUGCAACCAUCGCCGUCUUCUACGCCCUGCCGGUCAUCCAGCUGGUCAUCACCUAUCAGACGGUGGUCAACGUGACCGGGAACCAGGACAUUUGCUAUUAUAACUUCCUCUGCGCCCACCCGCUCGGCAACCUCAGCGCCUUCAACAACAUCCUGAGCAACCUGGGCUACAUCCUGCUGGGGCUGCUUUUCCUGCUCCUCAUCCUGCAGAGGGAGAUCAGCUACAACCGGGCCCUGAUGCACCAUAACCGACAGGCCAUGGAAUGCGGCAUCCCGAAGCAUUUCGGCCUCUUCUACGCCAUGGGCACGGCCCUGAUGAUGGAGGGGCUGCUCAGCGCCUGCUACCACGUCUGCCCCAACUAUACCAACUUCCAGUUUGACACCUCCUUCAUGUACAUGAUUGCCGGCCUGUGCAUGCUGAAGCUCUACCAGAAGCGCCACCCGGACAUCAACGCCAGCGCCUACAGCGCCUACGCCUGCCUGGCCAUCGUCAUCUUCUUCUCGGUCGUGGGCGUGGUCUUCGGCAAAGGCAAUAUGGCCUUCUGGAUCGUCUUCUCGGUCAUCCACCUCCUUUGCACUCUGCUGCUCAGCACUCAGCUCUACUACAUGGGCCGCUGGAGACUGGACUCUGGGAUCCUGCGCAGGAUCUUGCACGUGCUCUACACAGACUGCAUCCGCCAGUGCAGUGGACCCAUGUAUGUGGAUCGGAUGGUGCUGCUGAUCAUGGGCAACCUGAUCAACUGGUCCCUUGCUGCUUACGGCCUCAUCAUGCGGCCCAACGACUUCGCCUCCUACUUGCUGGCCAUCGGCAUCUGCAACCUCCUCCUCUACUUCGCCUUCUACAUCAUCAUGAAGCUCCGGAGCGGUGAACGUCUCACGCUGACUGCCCUGCUCUGCAUCGUCUGCACUUCCAUCGUGUGGGGUUCUGCCCUCUACUUCUUCUUCCAGGGCCUGAGCACCUGGCAGAAAACGCCGGCCGAGUCCCGGGAGCACAACCGGGAGUGCAUCCUGCUGGACUUCUUUGAUGACCACGACGUCUGGCACUUCCUCUCCUCCAUCGCCAUGUUUGGUUCCUUCCUGGUUUUGCUGACUCUGGAUGACGACCUUGAUGGCAUUCACCGUGACAAGAUCUACGUCUUCUAGACUGCAGGAUCUUGCCAAGCCCUCCCUGGGGAGACGGCUGCCCACCUUGCCUGCCGGUCUCGAGGCCUUUCCGGGGACUUUAGGUUUUGGGUGGACCUUGGGGGGGGCACCCUGGCCACCACAUCCGCCUGCUGCCGGGUCUUGCCAUGCGCUGCCCUGCCAUCUCAACAGGGCUGUGGCUGUGGGAGGAUUUCUGUAGGAGGGCCAGGAGCGGGCAGGAGCCCCUCCGCUCUUUUGUGCCGAUCCUGUGCGGGGCUGAUGGGUACCUUCUGCUUGUGCGGUGCCUCUGAGGUGUCUGGUCCUCCUCCGGGCCUUGCCUGCUCCUCUUGGCAUGGACACGCGUGGCCGUUUUUUUCCAUUCAGUCUGCCCUUUGUUGGCUGUUGGCGCCCGACAGCCUGUGGAUCAGACGUGGGGCUUGCCUGCAUGUUCUCAGAGAGGCUGGCCUGAGAAAUCCAGAUGUGGAGGAGAGGAAGGGGCAAGGGACUUGCCUGCCCCUCCACCUCUUCAUCUGGGGGCGGGCACGCUCUGUAGCAUCCGAGGGCCCAGUGCCCAUCCUGUCCUGGGAGCCCUCAGGCACCAGGCGGUUCCUUGGCAGCAGGGGCAUGAAUCCGGGGAAGGACCAGAGGCAGGCCCACCCAGGCUCUUCUUCAUGGUGGGGAGGGGGCAGCAGCCCUGGGAGAUCCUCACCACCACCCCUGCCCCCUCCCUGGCAGCCCCUGGCUGGGCUCCCUCGCGCACACACUGGUCGCCAGUCUGAAGCACACGGCCCUCGAUGGUGAGGGCUGAGGCCAGGUGCCGGCCUCCCUCCUUUCUUUCCGUCCUCGUGUGGCCUUGGGGGAGGCCGGGGGGGGGCCACCGGAGCCUCCUUGCCUACCAGAGGAGGCCCUUCUCCUGGGCAGGCCAAGGGGCCCCUCUGGUCCCUCAGGGACAGACCCGUGUCCCUCUUGGUCUUUCAAGCACACACCCCUCAGUGGGGGCUGCACUGAGUG